AUGACAAGCUUAUCGAAAGAAAAUAAAGCAUUUCUUAGAUCACAAAGAGAAGACCGAAUGAGUUCAUCAAUGACUGGAGUUGACAAGGUUUUCGUCUCCAAAAUAAGAACUAAAGGUACAAAAGAAGACAAAAAUGAUUCAUAUAAGAAUAAACAUUACAGAGCUAUAGCUCAAAUGAAUAAGACAGUAAUACUGGAAGAAUCAUCUUUAUCAUCAUCCGCAACUAGUGAUGAAAAGGACGAAUUUUUGCCUACAGCAAACAAAAAAUUACGUUCAAGUCCUAGAUUAAAACCUUACGUCUAUUUGGGAUCGAGAACAACUCUCUAUUAG